AUGAAGGUUUCCAGUGUUACAGUGGCUACUUUGGCCUGUGUGGCAACCUUGUCUGGUGCUCAAGAGCUCAGCGAGGAGCCAACCAGCACCACGACUUCCGUUUCGCGUGUUACCCACAGAUAUGGUAGAUUCGACCACACUUCGAGGGUGAACAGACCAAAUCACACGGGUACCCACAGUUACGGUAGGUUCAACCAUACCUCUAGGGAUAACAGACCAAACCACACCGGUACCCACAGUUACGGUAGGUUCAACCAUACCUCUAGGGAUAACAGACCAAACCACACCGGUACCCACAGCUAUGGUAGAUUCAACCAUACCUCUAGGGAUAACAGACCGGACCAUACUGGCACCGCAAGUUAUGGUAGAUUCAACCAUACCUCUAGGGAUAACAGACCAGAUCACACUGGUACUGCAAGUUAUGGUAGAUUCAAUCACACUUCAAGAACCUUAAACAUUGAGGAACAAGAGGCCAGAGAAAACUCUGGUUCUCGUAGUGGUUCCAAUUUGGGUCCUUUGAAAGUCUUGGGUUUAACGGUUGGUAGUGCGGUCGUUGCUGGUGGUAUGUUGUUGUUAUAA